AUUUCUUUCAGAGGAAGUGUAAUCAGCGCCUGCUGUGUGUGUGUGUCUCAGAUCUGAUGGAGUCGGUCCUCAGGUCUAUGCAGGCGUGUCGGCGGCUGCUGGUGGUGCUGAGCUCGGACUGUCUGUGCGAGAAGAGCAUCAGUCUGCUGGAGUGUCGUCUGUGUUUGUACCUGCAUCACACGUCGCGCGCACCCCUCAUCACCGUGAGACGGCGCGCGCUCAGCGCCCCCUGCGGCGACAUCGCGGAGCUGCGCAACUACUCCACCUGCGUGCGCUGGCACGGCGCGCGCUCCGAGCGGACGGACUCGCGCUUCUGGAAGCUGCUGCGGCUCGCGCUGCCUCUGCGACCGCUCGCGCUCGGGAAAAGACUCAUCGAUAGCACCUCCUCCCACUCGGACCUGGCGUCCGUGGCCACGCGCUACACGCAAGCGCAGACGGUCUCGCUCAGUCGGCGUAACAAAGGGGGGCGGGGCGGAACGAGGCACCUGGGGGUACGCGACAGAAGUGGGCGUGGCUGUGAGCAAAAGGGGCGUAUCUGUGCAAUCUGCGUGAGUUUUCAGGAAAGUCGUCAAGUUUGGGGCGGAGUUAUCUCUACUCAGUGGAGCACACACCUGCAUCAGCCUGUAGCCAAUGGGACGAUACCUUACGGCAUGCAUAACUCCAGCACCGCACCUGGAAACGACCCCGGCAGCGACCUCUGCCCCUGUGAACCAAUCAACAACAACCAGACAAAUGAGCUUCAAACCACACACUGUUGACGCACACUGCUGGACAACCAGCCAGCGAAUAUCAUGAAUGAAAUGUGUAGCCUAAAUCACAAUAAUUAUCAGGUAAUAUGUAAAUAACGAACAUGAAUUCAAUAAAGUAAGCUAAAAACA